AGUUUGCAAAACAAUCGCAGUAAGAUGGCGCUGUCUGGCGGGGCGGACAGAGGAUCCCACAGCAUGGAUAAGAGCAUCACACUCCCCCCAGAUGAAAUUUUCCGCAAUUUAGAGAACGCCAAGAGGUUCGCUAUAGAUAUAGGUGGCUCUUUGACAAAACUGGCAUAUUACUCCACUGUCCAGCAUAAAGUUGCCAAAGUCAGGUCGUUUGAUCAUUCAGCGAAGGAAACAGAAGGUGACCCUCUUUAUGAGAUAUCUGUACAGGAAGAGAUCACUGCCCGUCUUCACUUUAUCAAGUUUGAGAAUGCUUACAUUGAAACCUGCCUAGAUUUCAUUAAAGACCACCUGGUCAACACAGAAACCAAAGUCAUCAAAGCAACUGGUGGAGGGGCAUACAAGUUCAAGGACCUGAUAGAGAAGAAGUUAAAGCUAAAAGUGGACAAAGAAGAUGAAAUGACUUGUCUGAUUAAGGGAUGCAACUUUGUUCUGAAGAAUAUCCCCCAUGAAGCUUUUGUGUAUGCCAAACAUGCUGAUUCUGAAUUCCGGUUCCAGAAUACACAUCCGGACAUCUUCCCUUACCUGCUUAUAAAUAUUGGAUCUGGAGUCUCAAUAGUAAAGGUUGAAGCAGAGGACAAAUUUGAGCGUAUUGGUGGCAGUUCUAUAGGUGGUGGCACUUUUUGGGGUCUUGGAGCUUUACUUACAAAAACCAAGAGGUUUGAUGAGCUUUUGCAGUUAGCAUCCAAAGGACAACACACAAAUGUGGAUAUGCUUGUUAAAGACAUCUAUGGAGGUGCUUACGGGUCCCUGGGUUUAACUGGAGACCUCAUUGCAAGUAGCUUUGGGAAAUCAGCCACCACAGACAAAGAGUUCUCCAAAGAAGACAUGGCGAAGAGCCUACUGCACAUGAUAAGCAAUGACAUUGGACAGCUUGCCUGCCUCUAUGCCAAACUGCACAACCUUACCAGGGUCUAUUUUGGAGGAUUUUUCAUUCGAGGACAUCCCGUUACCAUGCACACCAUCACCUAUAGCAUCAAUUUCUUCACUAAGGGGGAGGUCCAGGCUUUAUUUCUAAGACAUGAAGGAUAUCUUGGUGCUAUUGGGGCCUUUUUGAAGGGGGCAGAAGAAGACAAUCCUAACCAGUACAGCUGGGGAGAGAACUAUGCUGGCAGCUCUGGUCUCAUGAGUGUGUCUCCAGAGCUGAAUCCUGUGCAGAGGGCUCGUAGUGGAACGUUUCCAUUUGACAUGUUGGAGAUGGACCGUCUGGAGAGGCAGCUAGUCAACCUCCCCCUGCUGCAGGACCCGACCUCUUAUAUUCCAGACACGGUGGACCUGACUGAGGAUGCAUUGGCUCGGGAGCACUGGCUCUACUGCUUUGAGGAGGCAUUGGAUGGGAGUACUGGCUCUACUGCUUUGAGGAGGCAUUGGAUGGGGUAA